CAGCAGGAGGAGAGAGAUUAAAAAGACCAGACGUCAACAAAUCUGCCUGUCCUUCCACGUAGUUUAGAAGAAGGUCGUUCCAUUCCCUGCCUCAGAGGAGAGAGAAAGUAAGGAACAGCCCACCGCGCACAUAACCAAACAACACCCAUCCAAAAACCCCCGAAAGGAGAAAAAAGAGAGAGAGAAAACCAAGCAGUCGUUUGUUCGGACAAAACAAGAACCCACCAGUACGCACUUCUUCCUUCCUCCGUCCCCCUGGCCCAUCAGAUCCAAUUCCUUCCCCGACCCCCAUCCCGGAUCCGCCGCAAUUCCUCCUCGUGUCGAGCUCGAUUGCUUCCUCGCCGUGAAAUUUGCUUCUUUUUCCUGCAAAAAUCCUGCCUUGGCCGCCGUCUUGGGGGCUUGGGAGGUGGGGGGCGCUUCUGCUGGGCUUCUCGGGGCCAUGGGCGUGGUGGUGCCCGCCAGGUCAUUCGUUCGCCGGAUGCUGAGGGUCGUCAGGCUCAAUCCGCUGCAGCGCAGUGCCAAGAGUCGUUGAGGUGAAUUCUCUUGAACCCAUUCAGCUCAGGAAGUACUAUUGGUUGCUCAUCCAGCUGAGCAGGUUGAGCUAUCCAUUUAGCUCAAAACAGUGAAGGGACUCAUUGUACACGUGUUUGUCUCCCAAAAAUCCAGUGGUGUCCUGUACUGUGAAGGUCACAGAACCCACUUGACUACAUUCCGGGGUUAUGGGAAUUGCAGCAUGAUCAAUGCAGGCUUCUUGAUUUGAUUGCAACAAGAAUGGGGGCAAAGGUAGAAGGUGAAAGCUAUAUGCCUGGAUUUUAUGCCACGGGGGAUCUCAAUGUGGAAGCAAAUGGUAGGUGGACUCCAUACUAUGAGGAGAAGACAUCGAAUGGCCAAUUCUGCAACGGAUAUACAACAAAACCGACAAAUGGUUAUUCAGAAUUCGACAAAGAAAUGCUCAAGCACACAAUGCUUGAACAUGAGGCCAUAUUUAGAAAACAGGUGUAUGAACUGCACCGGGUUUACAAAAUACAGAGAGAUAUGAUGAAACAUUAUCAAAGCAAAGAGGUGUAUGCAUACCCGAUGCUGGCAGAUGCAUCACAGACAAAUUCACUAUCACAGGUGCCACCAAAUGGUGCAAAGAUGAUGUGGCAGAUGCAGGUACCUCCUGUGUCCACAACAUACAGAAAAGCUCCUGUUGCAGAGCACAAUGAUGCAAACCAUUCCUCUAUUAAGUUCCUUAGAGAAGGCAGUGUGCAGUCCUCUCCAAAUGGAUUUCCAUCAAGUGAUGCUGCUCCAAAAAGCAGGCAAGGCACUUUUGGCCUUCACCUUCCAGCUGAACAUCAUAUAGAUGAUGAUAACGCAUUGGAGAACAAGCCCAUAGAUUUCCUUGGUUUGGCGUCAGAUACAAAACCUCAAAACGACGCUGACCUUAUAUUAGUUAGUGCAGAAGGCUUGGGGAGGUUCAGUGAUAAUAGUUCAACAUCAGGUUUGCGGACCACAAAUAAUCUGGGGGGCCGGCAAGUUGCUGACCUGAAUGAGCCCAAUACUGGUAUCUAUAUGGGUAGAGCAAAUGGAUCAGUAUCCAGAGGCCUUUCACAUACCUUGGAGAACUCGUGGAAUCAAUCAAUACUGAGAUCAAGCGUAACUAACUUCAGUUUCAAUAAAGAAUACUCCAAAGACAAGCAUACCUACGAAGGGACAAGCUCAAAUUUCUUUGAUGCAAGCGUGAAAAUAAGACAAGAGGAUAGACCAUUAACCAAUAAAGGUAAACAGGUCGGCAGUAUAAUUUUUUUAGCACCCAGAUACAGUGAUGCUGAUCCGCAGAAAUACUUAAAAGCUGCCGAUGGGGGGCCUGCCAACAGUAACCAGUUUGUUUACCAAGGUCAGAAUAGUUCAGUUGGAUGGUUUGCACAAAGUCCUCUGGAACCCUCUGCCGUCAAUAAUUUUGCUAGACUUGACCAUCCACAUCAUUCAAGUAUGGGUACAUUUGCUGCUCCCAUCCCUAUUCCUCAAAUAGAUCAUCCUUCUGUUGCCUCCCCGAUGGGUUCUUGCACAGUAGACCCAAGGAACAGUGUUAUCAAUAAUCCUGCUUUCAUUCCAAGAUUCAAUGGAUCGGCAGCUGUGAAUUCGUAUACCAAUCUUAGUGCUGUGACACAGAGCAUUGGAACUUCGACUCCUAAGCUGAAAAAUGUCAAUAAUUUAGAUGGCCGCUAUCCUGGUUUUCCACUUGAUUCAUUUUCUGCAUCGCAUUCACGACAUCAGGUAGCAAUUUCUAGUGACUUGGAGCAAAAGAACACCCAGAAGUUUGAACAUUCAGCUCGACAGUCCCAUGGCAAGGGCACGAAGAACUUUAAUUUGAAUGAGACACUGUCGGAUGGUCAGGAAGGUGGUCCUGUUGAAACAGCUGGGAGAUGUGCCGGCAGUCUACAGCAAAGUAAAGACAAGGGAUCCGUAUUUGGGAUCUCUUGGCUCAAAAAUAAAGCUUCCUGUGCUGAUCCAGCAGUUUUGGAGAAGCCAGAGAAGGUGUUUGUCCAUUCAUCUGGAACUGCAAUGGAGCUGCAAAAUACCAAAGACAGGAACGAAGAGGCCCUGACUAUUCGAAAUUUGUCAGAUUCUGCCUUGACAUCCCUAGGUUGGGGAAUUAAGAAGGAUGGGGUUUCUGAAGACAAUGCCGCUAGAACUCUGCUUGAUUGUAAUAAGACCCAUGAGAGUGCUAAAUGUUUACCUUUUUCAUGCCAGAAGCUUGUGCCUAAAGAUAGACAAACUACUGAAGGAGUCAUCAAGAAAAGUGGCGCCCCCAUCAGGGAUUUCAUUGAUCUCAAUGAUGAUGUACCAAACGAAGACAAUUCAGAGGAAUCGGUAGUGUCGCAUGAAUGUCAGGUGGCCUCCUUACCGAACAACCAAUCUAAACGCGCAUUUGUGAUUGACCUAGAGGUCCCAGCUUGUGAAGAGGGUGCUGUAUGGACUUUUCACGAAGAAUGCACACGUCCUGGUAAACUUGAUGCAUACCAGGAAACUGACGACACAUCUGUUACAUCCGCUAUAGCCGCAGCUGAGAACAUUGUUGCGUUGUCAAUGGAUAUGCCAACAACUGUAGAGACACCCGAAGAUAUGUUGCAGUGGUUUGCAGAUCUCGCUAUAUUAAACAUCGAUGAAUGUGCUGGGCAAGUGGAAGUUCAAGCUUGCAUCAAUGAUUCCAGUGAUGAUGAGUUGGAUUCAUUUGAAUCCUUGACACUGAAGCUGGAAGAGACCAAGAUUGAUGAGUACUGGAGCAGGCCGCUGGCACCUGCAAUCACAACUGAUGAACAAACAGUUUCAACUGCUCACCUCCUGAUGAAGCCUAGAAGGGGCCAGCAAAGGAGGCGGCGGCAGAAGCGGGACUUUCAGAAAGAUAUCUUACCUAGCCUUUCGACACUUUCCCGGCCUGAAAUCAUAGAGGAUGUUCAGUUACUUGAAGGGUUAGUACAGGCUUCUGGUGGAUCCUGGGAGUCGAGUUUAAGUAGGCGAGGACGUUAUGGUGGGCGGACUAGAGGCAGAAAACCUCGCAAAAAUGUAACUGUAACUGUAACUGUAAAAGAGCCGGAGGAAGUCGAGGUCAGUGCACCGCCGAAACCGGGCACUGGAGACUUAGAAACCGAUGAUAGGGGUAUGAUUGGAUGGGGACGAACAACAAGGCGGUGUCGCAGAAGGAGAUGUCCGUCAAGUAGUAACAUCGCUGCUGCGUCGUGAGAGAUCUUGCCAGCAGACAUUGGAUUUGCUCAGCUCGGGUAUUGAGUUGUUCCCAUUUGUUAUAGACAUUCCGAUGGAUCGGUACAAGGUGAUCACAGCCACGAGUGUACAUACUUUGUCAGCCUAUUUGGCCUCCCCAACUUUCAUGCCUUUGGGUCGAAAAUGGUGUACCCUAUAAUAAAUUCGUAAAUUAGCUGAAAUACAUUUCUGCAACAGCAUUGUAUUAAGCUGUUCCAGGUUAUGAAAUUCGCUGUAAUUCAUUAUGAGAAACUGCAAUGCCUGUAAACAACCUCGAUCUCUGAAGAAUAGCUCAUCACAUCAGCAAAAAAGGGCCCUGAGUCUUUAUUCUUUU